AUGUGUCCAACAAUCAUUGGAUGAGUGGAGAUGCACAAAUACGAUCUAAUCCUGCAGCGCAAGCGCGUGAAUUGGUUGUCCAUGGAUAGUGUUACCUCUGGUGUCGUGAGUCGUGAGUCGUGACUCAACGGUGAGCUCAACUAGAGGCAAGAUGUCACUUCGAAUUCCCUGUAACUGCUGCUGCAUUUCCGACCUAAAGUGGCGAUCCUUUCCGUCAAAGACCAAUUACUGUUUCAAUUCUUCCAAAUGCCGCCGCAAGAUAACGUCGGAGCUCCAAACACAGCCCCCACUCACUGCUAGGGCCGAUUACUCCUCUACAUCUGUUCCCACCCAUAAAGUUACUGUGCACGAUAGACAACGGGGAGUCGUUCACGAGUUCCUCGUGCCGGAGGAUCAGUAUAUAUUACACACUGCUGAGUCCCAGAACAUUACGCUUCCCUUCGCCUGCAGGCACGGUUGUUGUACAAGCUGUGCUGUACGCGUAAAAACUGGAAAAAUUAGACAGCCAGAGGCGCUAGGGAUAUCUGCUGAAUUGAAAGAAAAGGGUUAUGCGCUUCUUUGUGUGGGCUUCCCGACUUCUGAUAUUGAGGUAGAGACUCAAGAUGAAGACGAGGUAUACUGGUUUCAAUUUGGACGAUAUUUUGCUCGAGGACCUGUGGAGAGAGAUGACUAUGCGUUGGAGUUAGCCAUGGGCGAUGAAUAAUCAACUUAGAAAAAUUCUAUGGCGCAAAGGACGAGAAUUUCAUGUGUUUCUCCUUCUCAAGUUACUGCUCCCUGGAUUGUAAUUUUGACCUCACAAUAAUCUUCCAAGCAUGCUUUACAUGUACGAUGUGUCCUAUGUAGGAUUUGGCAUAGUGAACUGUAGAUCACCCUUGCUUAUUUAACGUUGUGCUUCCAUGACUCAAUUUAUAUUAGCUAUCUGAACGUUGAAGCUUCA